CCUCUGCCUUCUGAGUGCUGGGAUUAAAGGGAUGUACCACCACUGCCUGCCUUCUGAUGGGAUCUUAUAUAACCCAGUCUGGUAUGGAAUUCAGACCUCAAAUUUCACUUUGUAGACCAGGCUAGCUUCAAACUCAGAGAGAUCCACCUGCCUCUGCCUCUUGAGUACUGGAAUUAAAGAUGUAUACCUACAUACCAAACUAAGAAAAGUUUUGCAAAGUAUAUACAAGGCUAGGUGUAGCGGCACAUGCCUGCAAUCCUUGUCUAUGUCAGGCUGAGGUAGGAGGACUGUGAGUUCUAAGAUCAGCCUAGGUUACCUAGAGAGACUGUCUCAAAAAAGAAACAAGAAGCUUGUCAUUUCUUUUUAUGGCUUUGUUCUCAAUUUUGGUUUGCUUCUUUUAAGGUCUGAGAGCAGCUCCCACAGGACCAUGGUGGCCCUCUUAUGGGGUGGGGGGGCACUGCUCUGAGACAAAACUAAUCCUCUCAUUAUUUCCCUCUCAUACUCACAAUUCCUCUUAUCUCUUAUCAGAACCUCUGCUGUGACUUAUUCGUUGUGGUGACUUAGACCCUCAUUUCCCCAAAUGUUUGUGACUAUGCACUUGUUACAUUUGUCCAUUUACUGUGAGAAGCAGGAUAGGAGAGUACUGUGGCAAGAUGGAUUAGUUGAGUGCCAAGCAUUGCCCCCACACUCCGUCAGUACAGCAGUCUGCGGCUUUUCUGGAGGUUGCUCCUGGCCCGAGGACUGUCUUAUCAUGUGUUCAUGAUCCAGGGUCUGCUGAAGCCUUGAAACCACUGUCUGGCUGCCCCAAAUCUGGGAAGCAGCCUUACAGCGCACCCUGGCGGCCAUUUAGGGGGACGGGCGGCGCCAGUCUUUGCCGGUGGCCUGUGGUUCUUCCUGAUCUUCCGCCUCCAGGAUUCCAAACUGUUGGAAGUUGGACAGAUUCCAGCCUGGGCUCCCGGGAGGAUCGACAGACCCCGCCCUGGGCAAUGGAGAAGGCCCCCGUCAAAAGCAAAAAUGAAAAAGGAUCCAGCUUGAAGGUCAAGACGUCUGUACACAGCUUGAACAAAAUGAGGCAGACCAAACUCACUGUGGGCAGCCUGGGAUUGGGCCUGAUCAUCAUCCAGAAUGGGCCUUACCUCCAGAUUAGUCACCUCAUCAAUAAAGGGGCUGCAGCCAGUGACGGGAUACUCCAGCCAGGUGAUGUUCUGGUUAGUGUUGGGCAUGCCAACGUGUUAGGCUAUACCCUCCGUGAAUUGUUAAAGCUUUUGCAAAAUAUCACCAUAGGAACAGUGCUACAAAUCAAGGCUUACCGAGACUUCAUUGACAUACCCCAGGAGUGGCAAGAUGUGUAUGAUUUAAUCCCCGAGACCAAAUUUCCAGUCCCACACACACCAAAGAAAACAAAGGAGCAGGCAAAAGAUGAGCCUUUUGCAAGCACAGAUGACCAUGAAGAUGUCGUUUUAGAUAAAAGACUCAAGUAUUACAGAUAUCCUCGGUCAGUCUGGAAUCACCCUGUGAGGACACCGAUAUCAAUCUCCACAGAAUGGCAUAGAUAUAAAAAGAAGGACCACACUUUUAGUGUUGGCAAAGAUGUUAAUUGUGAUGUAGUUAUUCACAAAGAAGACAAGACAAAACCGAGGGCCCCUUCUCCAUACUGGACAAUGGUGGAGCACGACAAAGUCACCUCCUCCUCAUCCUCCGCAGCUUCCUCCAACUCAGAUGCCUUUUGGCUGGAAGACUGUGCACAGGUUGAGCAGGGUGAAGGUCAGCAGGUAUCAAAGUUUGGUUAGGCAUUGGUUUGCAAAUCUGUGGCCACAGGAAUUUUUAUUUUUAAAUAUCCAAUUUUUGUGCCUUACUAUGUAUAGGUUUGUAGAAUUCCUACAGCUCUUCCAGGACAGUAGAAAAAACCUUCACAGACUUUCUUCAGUUAACUGCUUAGGACUCCUUCCCUGUGGUUCCCAGAAUCACAUCAUUAUUUUUAACAUCAAGUACAAACUCAAUCACCAGAAUGCUGACCAUUUGUCUUUUAAGGUGAAGUUUUCUUUGCAUGUUUCUGGGCUGGUUUGUUUACUUUACAAUCCCAUUCCCAACCUUUCAGUGACACUUUUACUUGGUAUAUCGAGCUGAGAAUUAUUUAAAUGAGAUAAGACUGAAACAGGUGAGCUAGAGGCAGAGAGAAAAACACUGUCACAGAGAAGGAAAGUCAGACAUAAAUGAAGAUGUUUCUUAGAAAAAUACCUUCACAAAGGGGGGCAAAACCCAGACCGUUCCGAUUGUUGUUAGCCACAAAUGAGCAAUUUUAAACUUGUUUUUAUUUUAAAAAGAGACCAAUAAUCUUGAAUUUUUACUUUCAGAGCUGCUUAGCCUCAAUAGUUUCUGAAAUUUCUUAACUGAUGGAAUUGGUAAACUCAAUUAUUGUACUACUGUCUUUCUUAAAGCACUGAAAACAAAGAUCUCAGCAUAUAAUAAAUAACUGCUGACUGCCUAGAAAGAAUGCAAGAAAAACACUUACACACAAUGCUUUAUUUGUUUUAGGGAAGCUGGGAAUAACUAUCCAUAUUUAUACUCUUAAGUACUUCAUUGAGAAAAAUGUCGAAUGUUAAAUUAAGAGACCCGACUUUGAUGUGUUUGCUGGUCUGGGCUGAGAAAACAGCUGUUAGAGCUCGUCAAGAAAAGGUGUGUGUCCCAAGUUUCCACUUGCAGCCAUUGACUUCUUGCCAGAAACAAAUUUUUUUGCAGCCUUAAACAAAACACAGAAAGUUAAAUCAUGCUAUUAUCAAGUAGUAAACCAUGUAUUUUGAGUUUAGGAACAAGACAUUCUAAGUCUGCAAUUCUAUAACACAGCCUCUUAAGACUAUCAAUAAAUAAACACUGAGA